AUGUCGCCUACCAAAAUCGACGUCCAUACACAUAUUGUUCCCCCCUUCUGGUCAGAUGCUGUUGCUGCAGCGGGAAAAAUUCCAAUUCCUCCAACAUGGAAUGAGGAGGAGCAUCUCGAGUUAAUGGAACGCUGCAAUAUCGCAAAGUCAAUCUUCAGCAUUACUCAUCCCGGCACACACCUCAUUCCAGGAGAUUUCAAAUCUGCCAGGGAUCUUGCCCGAAGGUGCAACAAAUUUUCUGCUGAAGUCAAGCAGAAGCGACCAGAUAAAUUCGGCUACUUCGCGGCACUUCCCCUCCCGGAUGUUGAGGGAGCUCUGGCAGAAAUCGACUAUGCCUUCGAUAAACUACAACCUGACGGCGUGUGCGUACUGACCAGUCACGAUGGGAUAUACCUCGGCGACCCACAGUUCGACCUGGUAUUCGAGGAGUUGAACCGCAGGAAAGCCAAAGUCUUCAUCCAUCCCACGGUGCCAUGCAUAACGCACGACGGAUGUCUUAUUAGUGCGAUUCCGACCAAGAGGCUUCCCCAAGGGAUAUGCGAGUACUUUUUCGAGGAGGCUCGUGUUAUCUUCAAUCUUCUGAUGUCGCACACACCGAGCCGAUUUCCAGAUAUCCGAUUCAUUAUUCCGCAUGCUGGAGGAGCGUUUCCUCCGAUCGUGGAGCGAUUUGCUCGAUUUGGCAAAGCCGUAUUUGGCAAUGCACAAGAAGUUACCAGCCUCGAUAUCAAACACAUAUUGCAGGAACACUUCUACUUUGAUCUCACUGGGUUCGUUCUUCCAGACCAGAUACAUGGACUCCUGAGAUUCACCGGGCCCGAUCGAUUGCUUUUUGGUAGUGACUAUCCGUACACUAGAUAUGAAAGCGUGGUGGAGCUUGCCGUUGAGCUUGAAUCAGAGUUGGGCUCAGUUAUUCCGAAUGAAAAGGAUCGCCACGAUGUAUAUGAAGGAAAUGCGAAGACACUGUUCGGAGACACGCUUUGA